AUGGCUGGCAUUUUAUCCUUAAAAGAAUCGGUUCUGAUUUAUUUGGACCGAAGUGGAGGCCUUCAGAAACUAGCAGAUGACUGCAAACCUCUAAACGACCCCCAGCAGACAGAGGCUGUCUACAGGUUCAGGGUUGUGGUGAAUCCUUCAGACCUGAUAGAGGUAGAUCCUGAGCUGGGGGAUUAUGUUCUGCAUGACCCUCUCAGAGCAGCUGCUCUGUUUCAAUCAGUGUGUUUCUUGGCUAUAAAGACACUUUCGCUUACUGACAAAAUACACACAGCGAGUCAGGUGAAUAUUUCCCUGAAUUUUACUCAUCUCCCUCCAUUCCCCGAGUACACUUUGGACCUCAGCAGUUUUCACCAAGUGUAUGGUCCUCUGAGGCCGGUCUCCAUGGAGGGGGCAGUCAUUGCCUUAACGAGGGUCACAAAAUACACCCAGGGGGCGAGGUUCCUCUGCACUGAUGAUGAUUGCCCUGGCUCUACAGGCUUCCACCACAUCCGAGUUCAUGCACCUGGAGCCACUGAAUCCGCCACGGUGAGAAACGACUUCAGCUGCAGGAUCUGCCGCUCACAGCUGAAGGAGGACGUCAAGUUCAGAGUUUUAGGAGACAAACAGCUGGUGGAGCUGAUCCACGUUGAAGCGCUGAAUGCCCUAAGAGGCCAUCAGCAGAGUUCAUCCAGAUAUCAAUCUGUCACUCUGUUUCUGAGAGAUGAGCUGUGCCACUCCAUGACUAUCGGUCGACUCUACAGGGUGGUUGGCAUUCCUGCCCUCGUGCAUCAGUGGCCAAGCAUCACCUGGAGUGUAGAGGCGAAUAGCGUCCAACCGUGGGAGCUGUAUUGUGAGAAACAUAACAUUAUUAAUCCAAGAUGCUUGGUGGGUAUAAAUACUGUAAAGCAGUGUUUCUCUAUUAGGCAUUUAUCAUGUUCCCCAGCUCUGCCCACAGGCUGCCCUAAAGCCUCCCCCAGAUUCCUGCAGCUGCCACAUUGCAUGACCUCUGCUCCCUGGAGGUUCCCUGCUAUCUUAGCUCACUGCUUUGGGUCAGACCUGACUCCUCCCGGCCUGCACAACACACUCAAACUGUGUCUGCUGCUGAGCUUGGUGCAGACUAGAAUGGAUGAAAACGAUGCGUUUCACAAUUUGGAUCUCCUCGUGGUCACAGCUGAUACCCUCGUAUUAGACAGGCUAAUGACGUACAGUUUGAGUUUGGCAUGUCGCGGGGUCAGACACCAGCCCUCUGGGGAGAUGUUUUCCUGGCUGUCCAGAGAUGAACACGGAGCAGGCACCGCCAACAUCCAUGCUGGUUCUGCAUUACUCGCCUCGGGGGGCAUUUGCCUGCUGGGAGAUCUUGCCUGUUACAAGAAGGACAAACUGGACUGCUUACAGUGUGUUCUGGAGAGCCGAUCUGUGUCUGUGUUCAUCCCUGGAAAGAAGUACGGUGAGGAAGCUGACCAGCAGCUUUCAUUUCCGGUACAGUGCAGUUUCUGGGCCCUUGCAGACUCCUCUCAGAGGUCUGGGAAGACGGACUCAACUACAUUGGGAGCUGCUGAAAUAGGUCCUGUGCAGGCGCAGCUGGCAGAAAGCUUUGGUUUAGUCAUUCAGUGCGGAGACAGGGUGGGAGAGGAGGGCGUACUGGCCCAGACUCUCCACACCCUCCAGCAAGCUGUACAACCUGGAAGACUCACCCAUCCAUCUUACUGGGACUUUUCUAAUGAAGAUUUCCAGGAGUUGGUGGCUCGUUCUCGGGGUUUAAAAGUGGAACUCAGCCCUGAAGCGGUGAAAUUGAUCCAUGGUUACUACAUGGCCAGCCGUCGAGCUCGGACACAGAGUCAGGAGGUCAAGAUUUCUUUGGCCUCGAUCAAACUGCUGAUGUCAUUGGCUGAGGCCCACUGCAAGUUAUGCCUCAGGACUAAAGUACUGGAGGAGGAUGCAGUGAUUGCUGUGCUCCUGUGUGAAAACUCUGUCACUCUCAAGCAUGGCGGCUCUGCCCUCAUUAUUCCACCGGACGCAGUCUUUCCUUGCGACUUGGGGAAUGUGGAGGGUCUACAAAGGAGGGACGCAGUCCUGGAUGAGCUCCACCAGGAUAUCCUACGCUUUGUCUACACAUUUGCACCAGGAGCUGAUGAGUACAUUACUGAGGAGUAACGCCUCUCAUUAUAAAUCCCAAGGUAAGAAAAAUAACCAAAAGGAAUCAAAAGUCUCAGAUUGCAGCAGUUGAUGUUAAACAUUUUAUUGGAUACAACAACAACAAAGGUGUGGGCUUAAAAGGCAAAAGGAAGAAAUACUAACUUUUAAAAUACAACAAAACAAGAAUAAACAGGCUAUACAGAAUGGCUAAAUGAGAAUCACUUAAAAAAUAUUCUCUUUAUAUACAUUUUCAGUCAAACAUCCAUAGUUUAUAUAAUUCACAUACCUCCUUAAGGAUGGGCACAAACUCAACUGGUUGCAAAGC